AUGUAUCGAAUGGCAAAAAUCUUGUGCACUAAUGAAUAUGAAAUUGGAAAAAAGUACAUGCUCGUAACAGUAAGAACAACAAAUGAACGUUUUCUUGGUUUCCAUUUUACUGAAGAACCGUCAAAUGCUGUAGCAAAAUCUGGACGAAUUGAACUGAACUGUCGAUUUAUUACUGCUCUUAAAGAUGUUUCGUCUCAUAUCGAGUGGCGUAAAGACGGUGCAGAGCUGAGUAUAUUACGCUCUAAUGGAAAAAUGUUAGUAUAG